AUGCUCCAAAGUGGGUUUGGUAUAAUAAUUAGACUCCAAAGUGGUUAUGGCAUUACUCGGAUUUCAAGUCAUUAUGCAAAUGAGGGAAUAAGAAUGAAUCAAGUUGCUAUGGAUAAAGAAAUGCAUAAGAGUCAGAUCUUUACCAAUGUUGAACCUUCUCUGCCAAGAAUCUUAAUUACACAUAGCCUUCGAAUUACCACUGCUCCUGCAAGAUUUGUGGGAAAUGGUCUUCGGAUGGUUGAGUUGUCUUGGAAAAUAGCGGUUACUGAAACAUCAUUGAAACAUCAUUUGGCAAGCAAAGAAUCUUCAAACUUCUCUCUGCUCCUCUCACCUUCAUUCUUCAAUUCUCUGAAGAAUCACAGAACAAACUCUCAUCUUCUCUUUGCUUUUCUUCUUCAACCUUCCAUAAUUCUUCAUUCUCUUAAGAAGAAUCGCCGAAAAAUCCCAAGAAACACUCUCUACGCCAUAACCACGUCUUCUCUUCUUUCUUCAUCAUCACAAACUUUCUCUCCUCCUCUCAUAUUUAUCCUCAUCGUGCUUCAUCUUGAGGAAUCACCAGAAAUCAGAAAACUCAACUCUGAAUUCUCUCAGAAAUUGCAUAAUUAUCAUAUACUGCUUCAUCGAUUCUUCAUCAUCUUCUACAAUUUCCUCACGGUUCUCCAAGCCUCGUCGCUUCAAUUUCCUGUAACUAACAUCGUCAAACAUCUCUUGUACAACAACAACUUCACAUCUUCAAUUUUCCUCACUGCAAACAAGCAACAACAACAACAUCACUGCGCAGCCGCAACUUCAAACAACGACGCAAAAACGAGAAAAAGAAGAGGCGAAAAAGAGAGGAGUUAG